CCUCUGCUGUCAUCCAUCUCCUUGCUUCUUCUUCUUCUUCACUUUACUCUGUUAUUCACCAUGGUCAAGCAAAACAAUCUCUUCAUCACUGUUCCCACUCACUUCCGUUGCCCAAUUUCUCUCGACCUCAUGAAAUCUCCCGUCAGUUUGGCCACCGGCGUCACCUACGACCGCUCCAGCAUCCAGCGCUGGCUCGACUCCGGCAACAAUACCUGUCCGGCUACUAUGCAGCUCCUUCUCUCCAAGGAUUUCGUUCCCAAUUGCAAUCUCAAGCGCCUUAUUCAGAUUUGGUCCCACACUCUCCACUUCCAAUUCCCUCUCCAUGAUCAUCAUUUGGGGACGAAUGCAACUCCGAUUCGAAACCACUCUCACCCAUCUUGCUCUGUUUCUGUUUCUCUAUCGAACCUACUCUGUUUUGCUCCACCAUUGGAGCAGAACGUCGAGUUUCUCCGCACGAUUCAAGGCCUUGUACCCGUGCUUCUCGAUGUUCUUGGAGGGGAGGGUAGUUGUGGUGAUAUUGAAUGUUUUGAAUUGGCGGUUAAGGUUUUGGAUUUGGUGAGAUGCGAAAUUGAGGAUCGAGAGGAGUUUAUGAACUCGAUGCUGAAAAGUAAUCGUGAUUGUCUGAGAUCUCUGGCUCUCGUUCUGCAGCGAGGGAGUACGGAAUCGCGAAUUGGAACGGCGAGGAUUCUAGAGUGCGUCGCCAUUAAUGCCGAAUCGAAGACCCUAAUCGCCGAGAACGAAGGGAUUCUAUGCGAACUGAUAGCACUAAUCGGAGUAGACAAAGAUAUGAAGCUAAUCGAAUCGGUGCUAUCGUGCUUAGUCGCAAUAUCAAUGCCGAGACGCGUGAAAAUCAGACUGGUUCAGUUAGGGGUAAUAAAAGCCCUAACGAGGCUGCUGUUGCAGAGGAACGUCGCCGUGGGAGUAACGGAGAAGGUUAUGAGGCUGUUGGCGGCAGCGGCAGCGGUGGUGGAAGGGCGGUCGGAGAUGUGCGAAAACGGAGGCGAAUGCGUGGGUGGAAUGGUGAGGAAAGUGAUGAAGGUGUCGAGUGCGGCGACGGAGCAGGCGGUGACGGCGCUGUGGUGCAUAUGCUAUUUGUUCCGUGAGGAGAGGGCUUUGGUGGCGGUGGCGGAGGCGAAAGGGGUGGAGAAGAUACUGCUGGUGCUGCAGAGCGAGUGCCCGGCGCCGGUGAGGCAAAUGGGGAAAGAUCUGCUGAAGAUCUUGAAGGUUAAUUCCAAGUCCUUCACCCUCUCGUUUUAUGAUACUAACAGUUCUUACAUUAUGCCAUUUUGAAUUGAAAUCAAAAUGUAUUUUAACACUGCUAAUUUUAAUUAAUUAAUUAAUUAAAGAUUAGAGAAGUUGGAGGGGAUUGUUAUAUGAUACUUGGGAUUUGUAAA